AUGCAGGCGGAGCAAUUGCAGAAGGCCCCUUGCACCUUGCAAGCCGGGACGGCGCCUUCGCAGGGCGGGCCCGCUGAUUGGCUGCGGGCAGCGCACGUGCGCCCAGGCCGGCUGACGGCUGGCCGGCACGAGGCCGCGGUUGCUCUGCUGCGUGCCGGCAGGCUUGGCAGCCAAUGCGCUGCUGCUCGAUGCUCGCACGGUCCUAAUCUUAAUUUAAUGUCUAUGAUGCCAUUGUUUGUCUGUGCUUCGCACCAUGAAGUUCGCCAACGAUACGACGACGAGCCCGUCUCCGCGGACUGCAGUGCUGACCAUCCAAUCUUCUCUCAGCUGGGCAAGAAGAAAAUCAAGGCCAUCUCGCGGGCUCUGCAGAAGGCCAACCGGACUCCUCCUCGUCGACAGCUCGGAGAAUAUCGAGAUUAUUCUCCCCACAAUCGUCCUCCGAAUACUUCCACCUCGGUGACCCGUUUUCCCUUGGAUUAUCCAUCCCCCAAAGAUGGCUCUGCUACAGCGCGAACCCCAACGCCCUCGCGCUCGGCUGCUGUGCCCGCGUCGGAGCAUCGACCGCUCAGAACCCCCGGCUCUCGCUUUUCCACCAUAGUGGGAGGCUAUGGCAGCAUCGUGUCGGAGCGUCCCGAGACCGCCGCCUCCGAUCUGCCCUCGCUCGCACUUCCGGAUCCCGCUAUCGAUCCUCAGAAUGACCAUUCCUCGGCGAAAGGACUGGCAGAGGGGGCUGUAUCUGUAGAGCUUCCCCAAAAGGGUUCUCUUCCGAAUGCCGCCUCGGCCCGCCAUCAGAGUCACCGGUCCUACUCAAUCCUACCAGACGGGAAAAGCCCGCUUGUGCGCCGGUCAAGCUCACUUGCGGAAGAAUCCUUCUCUCGAAAGGCAACCUUCUUCCGGCGAGUGUUCACCAGUGGCGAUGUCGGCUCCCCCAGCAAGAGCUUUCAGGGUAGUCUGUACUCGGAGAUCGAUCGGAAACAAGACGAAUUCUUCGACUUCCUCGACGAUGAGCUGGACAAGAUCGAGUCGUUCUAUCGGCAAAAGGAGCAAGAGGCUACCAAUCGCCUGAAGGUUCUCCGCCAACAGUUGCAUAUGAUGCGGGAUCAAAGAGCGGCGGAGGUUCUUUCGGCAAAGAAUGCUGUCAGCCAUGACAAGAACGGCCACACGAACGGCCAUGGUUUGGGUGUCCUUCCUGGAUCGAAGUGGACUCAAGCAAUCGUUGGCAAGCAUCGAUUCGGGAAAAACUCGAGAGCAUUGGUCGAUCUAAAAACCCCCCUGGGUCCCGUACCGGCAGAUCUAUCUGGCUCCGUGUUCGACCGUAGAGACUUUGCUCGACGGCAACCCGAAACUCCGGCUGUUCCGUAUCGAACAGCCAAGAGGAAGUUGAAGCAGGCGUUGCAGGAAUUCUACCGUGGUUUGGAACUGCUGAAGGCCUAUGCGGACCUGAAUCGAAAAGCGUUUCGCAAGAUCAACAAGAAAUACGACAAGGUCGUCAAUAUGCGGCCGACGCUGAGAUACAUGUCCGAAAAGGUCAACCACGCGUACUUUGUGAAGAGCGAGGUCAUCGAAGGUCAUAUGGUGGUCGUGGAGGAUCUCUAUGCUCGCUAUUUUGAACGCGGAAACCGCAAAGUCGCCGUCAGCAAGCUCCGUGGGAAGAACAGGCCAGACGACUAUUCUCCAAACACCUUCCGGGCGGGCCUCCUCAUUGCAACCGGGAUGAUUUGCUGCAUCCAGGGCGUGAUCCUAGGCACACGGCUUCUCAAUGACCUGGAUCCCGCAGUCCGAGUACAAACGAGCUAUCUACUGCAGGUAUGUCUUCCAUCCUUUGGUAUGACACUUCUGAUCGCUGAUUCCUGGCAUCAGAUCUACGGAGGCUACUUCUUGAUUGUCUUUCAUUUUCUCUUGUUCUGUUUGGACUGCAUGAUCUGGUCCAAGACCAAGAUCAAUUACACUUUUGUUUUUGAAUUUGAUACCCGGCACGUCCUAGACUGGCGUCAAUUGUCAGAGUUACCUUGCUUUUUCUUCCUUCUAUUGGGACUGUUCAUGUGGUUGAAUUUUUCAUGGGUUGAUAGCAUGUUCCUCUACUGGCCAGUUGUGUUGAUAUUCAUUACGGUGCUGGUUAUGUUCUUUCCUGCGAGAGUGUUCUAUCACCACAGUCGGAAGUGGUGGGCAUUUUCCAAUUGGCGUCUUCUUUUGGCAGGUCUAUACCCGGUCGAGUUUAGAGAUUUCUUUCUCGGGGAUAUGUAUUGUUCCCAGACGUAUGCCAUGGGUAAUAUCGAAUUGUUCUUUUGUCUUUAUGCCACCCACUGGCAAAACCCGCCAGUGUGUAAUUCUUCCCAUUCCCGCCUGUUGGGUUUCUUCACCACUCUUCCGUCCAUCUGGCGUGGUUUCCAGUGCCUUCGUCGAUACCGCGACACGAAGAACGUUUUCCCUCACCUCGUUAACUUCGGCAAAUACAUGUUUGGCAUUUUGUACUACAUGACUCUGAGUAUGUACCGGAUUCACCAAUCGACCCGCUUCCAAGUCGUCUUUAUCGUAUUCGCCUUUAUCAAUGCUACGUAUUGUUCGGUUUGGGAUCUUGCCAUGGAUUGGAGUUUGUGCAAUCCGUAUGCAUCGAACCCAUUCUUGCGCGAGUUGCUCGCGUUCCGCCGGGUCUGGAUUUACUAUGUGGCUAUGGUGUUGGAUGUGGUCGUGCGAUUCAAUUGGAUUUUUUACGCCAUUUUCACCCGCGACAUCCAACACUCGGCGCUCUUGAGUUUCUUUGUUUCCUUCAGCGAGAUCUGCCGCCGCGGCAUGUGGACGGUCUUUCGUGUGGAGAACGAACACUGCACCAAUGUCCAUUUGUUCCGUGCCAUGAGGGAUGUUCCCCUGCCAUAUAAAGUUCCCUCGCCGCCCAGCGCUGGAGGCUUUGGGCCCGGUGAGGAAGCAUUGCCACUGCAGGAACAGCCUCCGUCGACUCCGGCUGCCACCACUACGGGGGCUGCCGAUCCUGAAUCUGCGACGGUGCCGACAGCGACUCCUAGUCUCCGUGCCCGUCGCCCGUCCAUCGCGGGUACCAUUUCCCGCGUGGGUAAUAUGAUGGCGACUGCACAUUCCCAAGACUUCCAGCGAAAGCGACGAUCAGAUCUUGUGUCCGGAGAGCCAGUCGAUCCACAGACUCCGCUGGACGAGAGCACGGACGAGGAAGAGGACGAUCAUGAUGAACUCCGAACGCCGUCCCGCGAGGAGGCAGACCCUCUAGAGGAGGAGCUGCCGAAUCAAGGCUCCUUUGGUAGUUCUGUGGCUGUGCAGUCGGCCCGCGCUCCCGUGACACAACCGCCACAGCAGAUGUCAUGCGGCGGACGCCUCCCCGCUCCCCAGCGGGACUCGUUCGAGGAGCGGGCGUAUUCUCAGGCCCCACCCUCGUACGAGGCGACCACCGCGAGUCCACGGACUGAGGAUGACAAUGUUCCCGAUGAUUUCAAGUUCGGGGCCACGGUUUGGGAGAGCAGCCUUCCGAUCCGUAUGCAGUUCAUUCGCAAGGUCUACUCCAUCCUGACCGUCCAGAUUCUUUUGACCACGGUCUUGAGUGCAAUCUCUUUCUUCAGCGACUCGUACCGGCGAUGGAUCCAGUCGAACUUCUGGCUGAUGAUGGUGUCGCUGUUCGGCGCGAUCGGGUUCAUGCUCCUGACGUACUGGAAGCGCAAGAGCUAUCCGGCGAACCUGCUCUUCCUGUCCGGGUUCACGGCGCUGGAGGCCUACUCGAUCAGCGUCAUCACGUCGUUCUACGACGCACGGAUCGUCGUCGAGGCGCUCAUCAUUACGCUGGGCAUCUUCGUCGCGCUGACGCUGUUCGCGUGCCAGACCAAAUAUGACUUUACGCACUGGAUCCCCUACCUGUUCGGCGCGCUGUGGCUGCUCAUCAUCUUCGGGUUCAUGGCCGCCUUCUUCCCCAUGAGCAGCACCAUGGAGCUCGUCUACGGCGGCGUCGCGGCGCUCAUCUUCUCCGGCUACAUUCUUGUGGAUACCCAGCUCAUCAUGCGCCACUACCACGUCGAGGAGGAGAUUGCCGCUGCCAUCUCGCUGUAUCUGGACAUCAUCAACCUGUUCCUCUCCAUCCUGCGGAUUCUGAACAGCCAGAACGACGGCUAA